AUUUGGUCGGAAACAAUCUCAUUCUCAUUUAAUCUCAUUCUCAUUUCGAUUUCAAGAGGAGAAUGAAAAAUUUUCAAUCUCUCAAAAUCAAAUUUUUACAUUUUUUUAGUAUUUAAAUUUUAUUUCAAUUUAAAUUUUAAUAAUAAAUCAAAUAUAUUGAGAGAUAUAAUUAUUUUAAUAUUUAUUUUUAUUCAUUUUGAUUUUAAUUCUAGAUUCGAUGCGGAUGGCAAACCAAAGGCACCUUUUUUUUUUUUAAGGUUGAUAUAAGUUGAGAGAAACGCUACCGAAAUGAAGGCCGGAAAGGAAGCGACUGACGGACGUGGGAAGCGUGGAAUCAAAUUAAAGGAAGGAGCAAGCGGUGGCCAAGUAACCACGUUUGAAACGGACUGAGUUCGGCGACUUGGCACUAUGGCAGUCGGGUCGGCCAGAUUGAAUGGGACUUCAAUGCCCAUCAACUACAAACCGUUUCCCGUUUUAUUAGCUAACGGCAAUAUAACGGAAAUUCCAGUUAACUCCACUCUCAUUUUCUACGUAUACACCUCUCCCUGCUAUUGCUAUUAUUUAAUGAUCAUAGAGGGACUCAAAAAUGUGCGCUAUAAGAAGCACAAUAAAAAAUAAAAAAAAAAAGAAGCCGAAAGAAGCUGCGGGAAUAACAACCAAUGCACGAUACAAAGGAGUUUAGACGAUAACUACCUCCUCUGUUUUCUCAUCUGAUCUUCCACCUCCCAAGAAUAUACGAUAUCUUUUUCGGCUUCCGAUUCCUCUGCCAAGAAGAAGGCUUACCUCCGAUUUUGUCUCCAUCCUUUAUUUCCUCCGAAGCCUUUGGUCCCAUCUUCCUCUCUAUCUCUCUUGAUUGGAUCGCCUUCUGUUUUUACCAAGUUUCUUAAAAGUUAUUGUUAUAACCGUAGUUGUUGCGCUUCAGUUGCCUCACCAAAAUCCUCGAAGAAAGUCACGGUCAUUCCAUUGUUGUUGUUGUUGUUAUUGCUUCCUCGAAUAAUCUCACCUUCAAAACCCUUGGUCUUACCAUCUUUCUUCUAUCUGCUGCUGUUGUUCUUCUUCUCAUUCUUUUGUGUUCUAAAUUCUUACAUCCCCUUCGAGAAUUACACAAAGUCGCCACCUCUCUGCUCCUCCCCUGUCUCCUAUGGAUUCUUCUUUAGUUAUUGCCUCUCUUUUGUCUCUUUGCUUUAUUUUUCAUUAAAUCCUGAUUCACGGAAUCUUUUCUCUUUUUUCUUGGUAAAGAAGUUGUAGUAUAUAUAGUUAGUUAGAAGCCAUAGAUCCUGAGUUGCUUCAAGGGGCAGGAUACUUCAGUACGUAUAAAGGAUGGAAUUUUUGAAGGCAAGAGCUCCUCUGCUUCCAACCAUGGAGAAGAAAUGGGCGUUAUGCCCCUUGGCCUUGAGCACCACCGUCUGUGUCUUUCUUGUUGUGACCUCUUUCAACAUGGGCCUCCUCUCCUCCCUCCCUACCAUCUUCUCCAACUUCCGAGCCUGGAAUUCCAUGACCUCGAGCGAUGCCAUCGUGGAAUCCAACCUUUCCGACCACUCACCGCCGCCCGCCGGCCCGACGAUUCCCCGGCUGGCCUACUUGGUCUCAGGAUCGAAGGGUGACUUGGAUCGCCUGUGGAGGACGUUGCAGGCUCUCUACCACCCCUGGAACCUCUACGUCGUCCACUUGGACUUGGAAUCGCCGGCUGCUGAGAGAUUGGAAUUGGCUUCUCGGGUGGCAAAUGAUACACUUUUCCGCAAGGUCGGCAACGUUCAUGUGAUCACUAAGGCUAAUAUGGUGACAUAUCGAGGGCCGACCAUGGUCGCCAAUACACUCCAUGCUUGUGCUAUACUCCUCAAGAAGAGCAAGGAUUGGGACUGGUUCAUAAACCUCAGUGCCUCUGACUAUCCUCUUGUAACGCAAGAUGAUAUCCUACACACUUUUUCAUCACUGCCCAGGAAUCUGAAUUUUCUCGAGCAUACAAGUGGAUUGGGAUGGAAGGCGGGGCAGAGGGCAAUGCCAUUGAUGAUAGACCCGGGGCUUUAUAUGUCCCAGAAGAGGGAUAUCUUUUGGGUGACUCAGAGAAGAGAACUACCAACUGCAUUUAAGCUGUUUACAGGCUCUGCAUGGAUGGCCCUGACCCGGGAGUUUGUUGAGUACUGUGUCUGGGGCUGGGACAACCUGCCAAGAACUCUCCUCAUGUACUACACAAAUUUUGUCUCCUCCCCUGAAGGCUAUUUCCACACAGUCAUCUGCAACACGCCCGAGUUCGCGCACACCGUCGUGAACCAUGAUCUCCACUACAUUUCAUGGGAUGUACCCCCAAAGCAGCAUCCACACAUCCUAUCCCUUGCUGAUGUCCCUAGAAUGAUUGGCAGCAAUGCACCCUUCGCUCGCAAGUUCGGCAGCAAUGACACAGUACUGGAUAAGAUUGAUGCAGAUCUCCUAGGCCGGAAGAACGGCAGCUUUGUCCCUGGGGGUUGGUGUGUGGGAAGUCCACCAUGCUCAGCGAUCGGGGACCCGACAUGGCUGAAGCCAGGACCAGGGGCUGAUAGGCUAGCUAAGUUAAUGGAAAGAGUAGUUCGCUCGGAGCUAUUUGCUUUGAAGCAGUGUAAAUAAGAUCUCAAAGCAACAAGAUAAAUGUUGCAUGAUAUCAGAUUGUUGGUAGGUACAAGGUUGUCACACAAGUCAUAAAACAUCUGCUCAACUGUAAAAUUUCCGAGGGGAAAGUGAUUCAGUUGCUGCAAUUGGGGAUAUCUGUAGAUAAGUCAUCAAUAAGAUAUAGUUCAAAGAAAUCUGAGAUGUGUUUUAGUUACAA